UUGUGUCGAGCAAUAAUGAGGCUGAUGACAUUGCCGUUUGGAUUGGUGUGGCUGCUGUUGGCCUUCUGUCUGGUGUUUACCCCUGAGUGUGGUGGAGGCUGUUUAACCCAGGACUUUACCUGCAAUAAGGGACUAUGUGUGUCUGAGGAUUGUGUGUGUGACUUUGAAGACAACUGUGGAGAUGGCAGCGAUGAGAAAAAUUGUGAUUUCACAGUUAUUUAAUUACUUCCUUAAUUCUCUAUCCAUUCAGCCUCCGAGUGCAACUUUGAGAGUGGCUCUUGUGGCUGGUACGAGCUCACCCCCGGUGAUGGUUUUGACUGGGUCAGGGGUUCAUCUGUGGAGGUGCCCCCGGAAUACUACAACCGUCCACCACCCUUGGACCACUCUACAAACAGUACUGAAGGUCACUUCAUGUUUAUCCUGAAGAACAGCAGCAGUCUUAACCCGAGAGCUGUGCUCCGAGGACCCUGGUUCCAACAGUCAGCCUCAGGCUGCACCAUGACCUUCUGGCAUUAUAACUCAGGUAUAUCUGUGGGGGCUGCAGACAUGUAUGUUCGCAUCAGUGGAGUCCAAAACAACACUGUCAUAUGGCGAACACUGUAUGACCAGGGACCCCGUUGGCACCAGGUCACAGUGCAGCUGGGUCGCAUCACUCAGCCCUUCCAGAUCGCUCUGGCUAAGAUCAGCCUUGGUGUGUUCGAUGGGGUCUGCGCCUUGGAUGAUGUCACCUUCAAAAACUGUUCGAUGUCCCCAGCAGUGUCACAGUGUCCCCUGGACACACAUUUCCACUGUGCACAGACCAAAGCAUGUGUGGAGCACCUGCAGCUGUGUGACCUUGUGGAUGACUGUGGGGAUGGAUCAGAUGAGGAGGGAUGUUCUCCAGAGCUGCAGUGUAACUUUGAGCAAGGACUGUGCAGCUGGAAGCAGGAGCAGAGUGGAGGAGAUGUGUUUGACUGGACCCGCAUCCAAGGCCCCACUCCAUCCUUAGACACAGGUCCCUGGAAGGACCACACACUGGGAACCCACUACGGCCACUACCUCUACAUUGAGUCAUCUGAACCCCAAGAGUUCAAGGACACGGCUGUAUUACUGAGCCGAGUCUUCCAACCCACCCACCAGCGCGGCAAAGACCCGUCCAAGUCACGCCACCACUGUGCUUUCCGCUUCCAUUACCACAUGUUUGGAUCACAUGUGUUCUGCCUGGCAGUAUACCUUAGGACAUCCUCUACAGGCCGUGGCCACAUGCUGUGGGUACGAUAUGGAGACCGGGGAAACCUAUGGCACAGGAAGACUCUCUACCUCAAUAGCGCUCGGCCUUUUCAGAUUUUGAUUGAAGGUACAGUAGGAGAUGAUUUCAAAGGAGACAUUGCUAUUGAUGACCUUUCCUUCCUUGACUGUGUCCCAUAUGAAGGAGAGCUCCCCACAAACCCCACUCUCCCCGUUGUGACCACUCCACCCCCCACAGUCCAGCCCCACAGCUGUCCCAUUGGAGAGUUUGUAUGUGGGGCAUAUGGAGAGUGUGUGCCGGAGAGUAAAGUGUGUGACUUCAAACAUGAUUGCUCAGACGGCUCUGAUGAAAUAAACUGCGUGAAGGAACUGUGUGAUUUUGAAGGUGGUGACACUUGUGGUUGGAGGAAUGUCGACCCCUCUCUGGUCGCAAUUCAUGCAUUUCGCUGGUCACCUGAUCAAGGGGAAAGCAUUCAUGAUGGAGAGCAGUACCAUCGUCCAUUUAAUGACCACACCAUAGGCAGCCCUGAGGGUUGGUAUAUGUGCGCAGACAGUUCAAAUGGUCGUUAUGGUCAUACCACUGACCUGCACACACCUGUCAUCUCCUCCACUGGGCCACAAUGCACCCUGGUCUUCUGGUAUCACAUGGGUGGAUUCACCGUGGGAUCACUAAAGGUGCUGCUGAAGUACAGAAAUGUCACUCACGAGGUUUGGUCUCAGACUGGUAACCAAGGCAACAAAUGGAAACGAGGAGAAGUGUUUUUGGGGUUAUUAAACAAGUUCCAGGUAAUGUUCAGGGCGAAGCGAGGGAUCAGCUACAUGGGCGAUGUGGUGAUUGACGAUGUUAGCUUCCUGGACUGCUCCCCUCCUCUUCCUUCAGAUGAGCCAUGCACACCUGGGCAGUACGCCUGUGCCAAUGGGGGGUAUAGUGGAAGCUGCAAUUUUGAGUUUGACCUCUGUUCCUGGCACCAGUGCCGACACGAUGACUUUGAUUGGGCCAUCAAGGCAGGCAGCACUCCAACAGUUGGCACUGGGCCAUCAAGUGAUCAUACCCUGAGAGACCCUUCAGGACACUACCUUUACCUGGAGAGCUCAUUCCCACGGGCAGUUGGAGACACCGCACGUAUUUCAGGGCCUCUGCUAAGCCACAGGAACACAUGGUGCAAGAUGCGUUUCUAUUACCACAUGUCUGGGGACGGCAUCGGGACCCUCAGUGUGUUCAAGAAGAGCGAAGGAAAUCUGCAUCUCUUGCUGAACCUGACUGGAGAUCAGGGCAAUUACUGGCAGAGGAGGGAGGUCUUGCUGAGCCACAGGAGAGAUUUCCAAGUUGUAUUUGAGGGCAAAGUGGGCCGAAGUCCAAAAGGUGACAUCUGCCUAGAUGACAUCAGUCUCUCACCAGGAUGUCUGCUCACCUCCUCAGCUGGAAACUGUGGGACUUCCUGCUCCUUUGAGGACGGUCGCUGUGGUUGGAAAAGCUCCCAGGCUGAUAUCUUUGAUUGGACACUGGGGACUGGAUCUGUCCACAGUAUACGGCCCCUGCAUGAUCACACUUUGAUGGAUGAAAACGGUCAUUUUGUUUAUCUGGAAGCUACACCACUGGGACUGAAAGGUGACAAAGCUCAUAUUAGAAGCUCUGUUUGGAAAGAGUCUAGUGCCAUCUGCAAGCUCUCUUUCUGGUACUACAUUUCCCACAAGGCCUCAGGAACCAUUCGUCUGAUGAUAAAGACCGAGAACAAUUUGUUGGAGCUGUGGAAAAAGACGGGGCAUCAGGGUAACGAGUGGAACCAAGCUGAGGUCCCCCUGAGGAAGCUGAGGAACUUCGAGGUGAUAUUUGAGGGGAUCCGCUCGAGGGACGUGAGUGGAGGAGCUGCCCUGGAUGAUCUGGAGUACAUAGAUUGUGCCCCAAAUGCUGUGGAGCCAGUUAGUUGUCCUGCAGCCACAGACUUUGUGUGUCAGAGUGGCGACUGCAUUGAGUCCCACCUGGUGUGUGACAACAAGGCCGACUGUGCUGAUGAAUCAGAUGAGGUAGACUGCGACCAUAUAGUUGGCUCACCGGGUGCUUGUAAUUUCAAUAUGGAGGAAGAUCAGUGGCAAGACACCUGCCAGCUUGAUCAGGAUCAUAAUGAUGAUUUUGAUUGGAGGAUUGGUGCCCAGACUGAGACGCCAGGAGCUGGACCUCACACUGACCACACUCCAGGGGGUGGAGGGAAGUUCCUGUACAUACAUUCGGCCACUCAGAGGGAGGGCGACAUUGCCAGGGUGACAACCAGGAGUCCAUUUCCAGCCAGCAUUGGCUUGUGUCACCUGCGUUUCUGGUUCUUCAUGCACAGCUCUGAUAGGAUGGGAACGCUGAAGGUUUAUACUGUUGGACCUAAUGGUACCAGUCUGAUGAUGUGGGCGGCCACCGGCAACCAUGGCAACCAGUGGACAUACGCUAAAGUCAUCCUGUCCAACCCGGCACCUUUCAGAGUGACCUUCCAGGCGGAGGUGGGUGGAGACAUGUGGACAGACAUUGCCCUGGAUGACAUUUCCUACACUGCAGAAUGUAUGGUAGGAGGGCCAGUAACUCCUCAACCUCUGACCUGUGGUGUGGACCAGUUCCAGUGUGCGUACUCCUUUCAGUGUAUCCCAGAGAGCUGGCGGUGUGACCAAGAGCCAGACUGCAAUGAUAAGUCUGAUGAAGAGGAUUGUUCGACCUCACUACCUGGUACUCUUCCUCCUCAAGACCGUUGUUCUGCUGGGUAUUUUCAGUGUUCAAACUCUUUCUGCCUCCCAUCCAUACUUCGCUGUGACGGGGUCCCUGACUGCCCCCAUGGAGAGGAUGAGUAUAGUUGCUCUAUGCUGCAGUGUGAGCUAGGAGAACUGGUGUGUGAAGGUUUGCCUGGUUGUAUCCCACUUCAGAAGCGCUGUGACCAGCACUCCGAUUGUCUGCCUUUCCACUCUGAUGAGUCCAGUUGUCACGAUUGUCCCCCAGUGUAUUGCCUGGAUCGCGGCUUAUGCCUUGUGCAGAGACACGGGCCUGUUUGCAUGUGUUAUCCAGGAUGGACCGGUAACCGGUGCCAUGUGAAGGAGAAGCCGUCUCUCUCUACCUUGACACCAAAACCAGAGGACACACAGCUGGGUGCUGUGUAUAUUGGUAUCGCCAUCAGUCUUCUGCUGCUUGUAGCUGUAGCUGCUGUUUGUGUUCUGGCUCUGUACAAGAAAAAAUGCUACUUAAUAAAGCCUGACCCAAUGGAUUAUGGGGUGAUGGAUAGCCCAGCCUUUGACUGGAAAACAGAGCUCCCAUCUCUGGAUGAAAGGCCAGGCAGUUGUUCCAGAGUUAACCCCUGGUGGAGAGGUGGUCGGGGGCUUUCCAUCAGUGUCUACCCUUGGAGGAGGGAGGUGGAGCAGGGUUUGACCUGGAGAGAUGCCAAGCUAUCCUUCACCAACCCGUUGUACAGUUACUCCCCUGAUACUAAAGGCGCUGACCACAAAAGCUAAACGUUGUUUGUCAGGGAGGCAAACCUGCCCAUGAUUAUUGAAUUUAAGACCUGAACAAACUGUGUCCACAAUAAAUUUACAUUUAAAGAGGUGAACAGCUAUAUAUUUAUAAAAUAUAAAAGCAAUGAUUUUAAUGCAAUGGGAGUGCAAAUUGUACCACAUAGUCUGGAAACUCUUAUGCAUGUUUACAAAAUGAUGAGCUGCAGACACAAGUGUUUCAGAAAGCAUUGCCUUCAAACAGUCCUUGAUAUAGACUCUAAAUAUAUAAAUUAUCCCAAAAAGUGUAGCAGUGUAGUAAUAGUGCAACUCUUGCUUGCAGAAAUGGUUGCGAGUGCCUUGCAUGGUGAUGGAACGUUUCACUUAGUGCUGGCAGGAAACCGUUCAUUAAUCUGAAAGGCUCUUCUGAACACACAGUGAGCUCUGACUUCAUUAGCGAUCAGUUUUAAUCUUCACAAGUGCAAACAAAAUAGUUUGCUCCCGUUGAAUCUGUAAAUUAAAGUCCAGUGUCCUGCAGAUGCUUUGUGUGAACUGACUCACACUGUCUGUAUCAACCAGAGCAGAGCAGACGGAUCAUAAACACACUGUGAAACCAGCCGUUAUAAAUCUCAUGAGUGUUCAGGCAGGUCUCUCCUCAGCUGUGUUUCAUCAGAUAUACCAUCAUAAAUUCUUUUUUUUUCUCUUGGCAUGAUUAUUUAAAAGACUGGGCCUUGUACAGUUUUGUGAAAUAUGCUGAAAACAGCAUAACGUCAUGCGCAGUAGGCAGCUUCUUAUCAGACUGCCAUUAAGUUUGUCACCCAGAGUUAUAUGAGAAGAGAGGGCUGAUAACACUUGGCUGAAGGUCUGUUAAAUGUGAAGCUCUACAGGCAGUUGCCAGCCGAGCAGGUCUAAAACCUGCUAAUUGAGCACUGUAUACCUCAUGUAUCUCAUAUGCAUUAAACUAAAAUGUAAAAACAACGAUUAGUGGUGGUUCUCAUAAUGAGAGUGCUACUGUAUCCGGCUCCUCUUCCAUCUCAUGGCAGAAAACACAUA